UGACUUAUCACUUGACUUAUCAGUAAUCAGUUCACAGUUGUUUAGGUUUUUGUUAACCUCUAAAUUUGUGCUCCAAAGUUAUAUAUUAUCUCCUUCAGUCUUCAAUUACUAUUCUUAAUUCUACUCUUUAAAAUGCCAACUUACGAGUUAGCUAUGAUGAUUCGAGCGAUGCCAAAAGUGGAGCUUAAAACUGCAUUAAUGAGAGUCUCCAAUGCAAUUUUUGAUCGGGGCGGUAUCAUAAGAAAUAUCGAAAAUUUGGGAUUUCGCCCUAUGCCAUAUAAAUCUAGUGCUCAUGGCAUUGUACACAAGGAAGCGAACUAUUUCGUAUUCAAAAUUGACACCGCUACGAAAGUGGUGGCCGAUUUAAAAGAAGAGUAUAGAAGAGAUGUAGACGUAAUAAGACAACAUGUAUUUAAAGUAAAUGAAGAUUUAGACAACAAGUGCACUCUUGAAGAGGAAUUACUGCCACCUGCUUAUCGCAAAGAAGUUCAAAAAAUGAUUGAAAUUGGAAAAACACAAGUUAAUCGCUUUACACACAAAUUCAAGUACAACUCCGGAUUAGACUAUUAUCCCUUCCAAAAAUAGUUAUGUAUUUUGUAAGUACUUAUAUUAAUAAUUUGAAUGUAGUUUAAUGUAGAUAUUAUGGUUAUAACAAUAAAUUAAUUUAAAAACAA